GUUUGAUCAGUGGCAUUGGGUCUUGGCUUUCGAGCGGUUCAGGAAUUCAGGAAACACCCCAAUUCUCACAAUUCUCAAUCAAGCUCUUCUUGAAAGCCUCAAAGCAAACACCUCCACCCAAUACCCAAUACGAUUCGAUUCAUUCAAAAUGGACUUCGAAAUCCCCUCUUUCAUCUUCGUCCCCUGCAUGGUCUCUGAUUCCAAGAAGACCGGUUUACCAUCAGCAGGUCUCAUUCCUCUGAUCCCCGCUUCGCGAUGGUCGGAAGAAAUUCCCAGCACAAGUUGUUCUCCUCCCAAGUUGCCCAAGAGAGAAAUUGCGUUGCGCAAGAUUGACAGUUUGCCCAAGCUCCCACGACGAUCAGUUCCGGAAGAAGAGAUGCCCACGCUCAGUGUGGCAAUGCCCCGUCGAGUCCGAGCUCUUCCUCGACCUCACCAAAGCGUAUCGACCUUCGGAAGCAUCACCAGCAUUAGCAGCACCACCGUCAACCUGACACGAAGCGUACGAUCACGACCGGCACAGAGAUCUCGAUUCUCCGCAAGUGAGAUUGUUGAACAGGUAUACGAAAAGACCAGCCGUCCUGGACCCGAGAGAGUCACUGUGGCAGCAAGGGCAGCUUAAGUUGCACAACGAUUCUCUGCCUUUCUACUACUCCUCUCUUCCAUUCCUUCUUUUAGAAACAAACAACCAACUAACAUAGACCGACCAUGCAUUC